AUGGCAGGAAAGCGGCGAAAUCAGAGAGGUCUUCAGACCUUGGCCCAGGGGUCUUUGGCCCUCGCCCGGACACACGCAACGGAAGCAGCAUUGCAGAACAUUGAAAGCCAGCUGGAGAAAGAGCUUGAAAGAGAAGAAGCUGCAUCCAAGUCAGCUAAGCCUCUUGCCAGAGUUCGUCACAAAGGUCAGAAGUUCCUACACAGUAAACACGUGUUGUUGAUCAUUGUGGGCCUAAACGUCAUCGAUUGCAUCCUCGUGCUGGGAGAACUGAUCCUCGACGUCCAUUUCAUUGUGGAUCUGCUGGAUACUUCCGAUAAACAAUCUCAACAAUUCCAGAGCGCUAUUGAGGAGAAGUACCCGGAUGUUCCUCCAGUUUACGACAUCAAACAAUUAUAUGAAGAACUGCUAUUGGCAGAUAUUUCUUGGAAAAAUAAAGAGGUUAAUAACGGGUCUCAUGCCGCCUUACAUUAUCACAAGAAAAGAGAUAUUACACAUUCAAAUGGGGACCAACCAAAAUACUUAAAAACAGCGCAUGGCAGUAACCAUGGAAAUGAUUCUGAUUCGCACGAGCAAGGUCACGGCCACCACGAGCACAGUAUAAUUGAAGAUAUUGCGCACGGACUGCAUAAAGCCAGCAUUACGAUUCUAGCUAUCUUAGUAGUGGAGACGGGAAUAAAAGUAUUUUGUGAAGGCAGGCGAAUUUUCGAGAGAAAGGUCGAGGUUUUUGACAGCAUAAUUGUGGUUGUGUCAUUCACCUUGGAUCUGGUCUUCAUCAAGGGUCUCACCAUGUUUCCUAUCCAGAAAUACGUCUUCAUUUUGGCAUUUUUGGUGCCUUGGCGUGUUAUUCGGGUAGUCAACAGUCUUAUUGUCGCAGUAAUGGACCACGGACACUUUCGGUUAAAAUUAUUAUACUCUCAAAAGAAAAAGAUAAGUGCUUCUUUGAAGUCGACUAAACAGGAAUUAAAAGCCCUCCAGAUGGGUAUGCAAGGUGUCCGGAAACUGUGUGCAGAGGCUGGAAUUCCGGAAUGGAAGUUCCAACAAAGCAUAGUUGGUGAAAACAACAAUCAUACUCCGUCCAAGUCCAUAGCUUCACUCUUUGCUUCCUCUAAAUUACCCAUGAAACGUCGUAGUAGUGACAGCAAGCAAGAUACCAACAGUAAAGGUGUUUACAGAUCCUCCACAUCUGCGAUUCCGCAAAAGGGCGGCGAUCCGAACAAUCUCGAGGAGUCGGUCAAUGACAACAUCACCCGGAACAGCUCUAGCGUUGUCACGUUCAAUAUAGACGAGUCAAAUGAAUCUACAGGACUCAUGAAUAAUGAUGAAGACAUCAACUCCCACUGA